AAAUAAGUUCUUAACUGAAAACUUUCGAGCUUGCAUGUUUCAGCAUUAUUCCUACUAAGACACAGCGGCAGAUAUUGAGAACAGCAGAGCUAAACAAAUCAGAGAGCGUCGCCAUACACAGGCUACAACCACCCCAGAGCCUGGAAAUCCACCACACCAUGAUGGCCACACUCCUGCCCCCUCGGAAGAACCCAACACCAACCAAGCUUUCUCGGCAGCAUCUCUCUCCUCUUCAGAUCCUUCUACAGAUGGGUUUCCCAAAGCACAGAGCAGAAAAAGCCUUGGCAGCCACAGGGCACCGAGGGGUCCAGCUGGCCUCAGACUGGCUCCUGGCACAUGUCAAUGAUACCACACUGGACCUGGACCGGCCAAGGGAGUAUGUUGUGUACCUGUGUCCCACUGGUCCUCUCUAUGAACAGAUCCAGGCCUUCUGGGAUGAGUCACUACAGAAAUGUGGAUGGAAUGGUGCUCACAAUUUGGUGCCUCACAUAACACUUUGCUCAUUCUUUAAAUGUGGAGAUGAAAACUGUGAACCAUUGGUGUCAGUAUUGAAGGAGGUGGUGCACAGUUUGUUGCCAUCCUUCCCCUCCAGCCUCACCCUCGACAAAUACAUCUCACCCAACUACAUGGGACUUUUCCUCACCGAGCAUCAGGAAGACUUGAUCAAGAAGCUUGCCAUGUCCUUUGUCAAAGAGGCAUCACACCUAUUUGACGCAGGUUGUUACGACAAACUGGAGGUGAUGGCAGUAUGUCUGCCCUGGUGUUCAGGAACUACUUUGGCACAAGAAUACUGCAGUCUUGGGGAGGUUGCUAGUAAGGCUCUGCACCUCACCCUAGCGUACCAGUUCCCACUGUCACAGUUCCCACGGUUAGAAGCGUUAGUGGAGGCAGUGGACCAGAGAGCACCGGCCACCUGGGAGGUGCGGCUGUACUCCAGGGACACUCGUAUCCACAACAAUGAGGUGCACAAGGUCCUCUACUCCCAUGUGUCACGAGAUCCUGACGAGCUGGAGCUGUUGAUUGGCGACUUUGUCUAUGUGAAGGGUGACAGCUUGGCCUCCUCCCCUGACGGGUGGGUGGAGGGCACAUCCUGGCUCACUGGCUCCUCAGGAUUUCUUCCCAUCAACUACAUUGAGCGGACGGCAGAGUCUGAUGCCUGGACCCUUCAUAAGUUAAGAAACCAAAGAAGGAAGGGCAACUGUAUCAGUUUCCCAUUAAGGGUCCACGUAAGGUGAUCGUAGUGCGUCAUGGAGAGAGAGUCGACUUUACCUUUGGAGACUGGAUACGCUUCUGUUUUGAUGAAGCAGACCACUACCAGCGCCGGGAUCUCAACAUGCCAGAGUCUUUACCUGAUCGUUCUGGGGCACCCCACAGCUUCUACAAGGACUGCCCUCUCACUCAGGUGGGACUGCUACAAGCCAGCCUGGUGGGCCGUGCCAUGCAUGCCAGCGGUAUUGAGGUCCACCAUGUCUUCUGUUCACCAUCCCUUCGUUGCGUCCAGACUUGCACUAAUAUUCUCCGAGGUCUAGGAAUUGCAGAACAUAUGCCAAUCAAUAUCGAGCCAGGUCUGUUCGAGUGGCUGGCCUGGUACCACGAUGGGAUGCCUGUCUGGAUGACCCUGGACGAGCUCUCAGCUGCCGGGUUCAACCUUAACCAUUCCUACGACCCCCUCAUCUGCCGGGAGGAACUCAAGGACACCCAUGAGAGCUGCGAGCAAUACUACGGGCGUAACGCUUAUGUCACACAGAGUAUUAUCAACACCACACAGGCUCAAGGAGGAACUGUGUUGUUAGUGGGUCAUGCUGCCACCCUGGACACCUGUACAAGACAGCUGGUGGGGGGAGCACCAAGGUCAGCCCAUGAAAUGACUUCCAUAAUCAAGAAGGUUCCCUAUGGCUGCACUUCUCUGAUGGGGGAAGAUGAUGUGGGGCAUUGGAAGCUACUUCCCCCCUGCAUCUUGCCAGUAACAUACUCUGGGAUCAUGGUGUAUGACUGGAGAGUCAUCUUGUGAAGGAAAUACAUCAUUUGUCUAAAUUUCAGAAAGAUGUGUGUAUUUCUCCAAAGCUGAGGGAGUUAAUCGAAUUGAUCCCUUCCUUGUCUUUCUUUCCUUUCCUCCAACCUGCCAGGAGGGCUUUCCCUAACAGACCUAUGUUGCUGUGAAUGAGUGAUGUUAUGUCUUCUUAUGG